GUUACCAGUGCUCAGUCUGUACAGCAGCAUCAAGCAGAGCUGAUCAAGGGGGCGGAGGAGAACGCACAUACAUUUCUAGACAAGGAGCUAAAGAAGCUCUGGAGGGAUCUCUUCUCGGAUUACCCACAAUGCUCAGAGAGUCAGAGGGAAGAGGAGGAGGAUGGUAAGAACGAGGAGCAGAGGAGGCGCGCCAUAAAGGGAGUGGUAGACAUCACAAAGCUCUGCCUGAUAGAGAUGAACCAGGAUGAACUGGCCGACAAGCUGUGGAGUGGAGAUGCUGCUGUCCAGUGCCAACGUAAACUGAAGUCUCAUCUGAAGAAGAAGUUCCAGUGUGUGUUUGAGGGAAUCGCAAAAGCAGGAGAGCAAAGACCUCUGAAUGAGAUCUACACAGAGCUCUUGAUCACAGAGAGAGGAAGUGGAGAGGUAAACAAGGAACAUGAGGUCAGACUGAUUGAAAAGGCUUCCAGGAAGCCAGCCAAUGAGCAAACACCAAUUAGAUGUGAAGACAUCUUUAAACCCUUACCUGGACGAGAUAAACCAAUCAGAACAAUAAUGACAACCGGAGUGGCUGGCAUUGGUAAAACCGUCUUAACACACAAGUUCACUCUGGACUGGGCUGAAGGCAAAGCAAACCAAGACAUAGACUUCACAUUUCUCCUCACUUUCAGAGAGCUGAAUUUGCUGAAAGGGAAAGAGUUUACCUUAGUGGAACUUCUGCAUCAGUUUUCUGUUGAAACCAAAGAAUCAGGAAUCUACAGAUACGACCAUGACCAAGUAGUCUUCAUCUUGGAUGGUCUGGAUGAGUGUCGACUUCCUCUGGACUUCCAGAACAACCCGAUCUGGACUGAGAUCACAGAGCCGACCUCAGUAGACGUGUUGCUGACAAACAUCAUCAGGGGAGUCCUGCUUCCCUCUGCUCGCAUCUGGAUAACCACACGUCCUGCGGCAGCCAAUCAGAUCCCUGCUGCGUGUGUUGACAUGGUGACAGAGGUGAGAGGGUUCAAUGACGCACAGAAGGAGGUGUACUUCAGGAAGAGAUUCAGAGAGGGGACACUGGCCAGCACAAUCAUCUCUCACGUCAAGAAAUCUCGAAGCCUCCACAUCAUGUGUCACAUCCCAGUUUUCUGUUGGAUCACUGCCACAGUUCUGGAGGACUUUUUCAAAACAUCCCAGAGAGGAGAAGAGGUGCCCAAGACCGUGACUCAGAUGUACAGCCACUUCCUGAGGGUUCAGUCCAUACAGGGGGACAGGAAGUAUCAUGGGAGAGCUGAAACUGAUCCACAGUGGAGUUCGGAGAGCAGGGAGAUCAUUGUUUCUCUGGGGAAACUGGCUUUUAACCAGCUGGAGAAAGGUCAGCUGAUCUUCUACGAGGCAGACUUGGCAGAGUGUGGCAUCAAUAUCAGAGCAGCCUCAGUGUACUCAGGAGUGUUCACCCAGAUCUUUAAAGAGGAGUGUGGGCUGUCCCAGGAUAAGGUGUUCUGCUUUGUCCAUCUGAGCAUCCAGGAGUUUCUGGCUGCCCUUCAUGUCUUUCUGUCCUGCAUCAACACUGGUGUCAAUCUGCUCUCAGAAGAACAGCCAACCUCCAGGGAAGAUGAACUCCUCCUCCUCUACCAGAGUGCUGUGAACAAGUCCUUACAGAGUGAGAACGGACACCUGGACUUGUUUCUCCGCUUCCUCCUGGGCCUCUCUCUAGAGACCAAUCAGAAGCUACUACAAGGUCUGCUGGGACCAAGAGGAAGUACAUUACUGGGCAAUCUCACUAAAAAAGUUCUGCCGGGAAAGACAGGAAGAAGGUCACGGAGCAAUACCCAAAUAGUCCAUUACAUCAAGCAGAAGAUAGGUGGGGAUCUCUCUCAAGAGAGAAGCAUCAAUCUGUUCCACUGUCUGAAUGAGCUGAAUGACCGUUCUCUAGUGGAGGAGAUCCAACUGUACCUGACAUCAGGAAGUAUCUCCAGAGAAUCUCUCUCCCCUGCUCAGUGGUCAGCUCUGGUCUUCAUCUUACUGACAUCAGAAGUGGAGCUGGACGUGUUUUACCUGAAGAAAUACUCUGCUUCUGAGGAGGGUCUUCUGGGGCUGCUGCCAGUGAUCAAAGCCUCCAAAACAUCUCUGCUGAAACGCUGUCAGCUGUCAGAGAGAUGCUGUGAAGCUCUGGCCUCAGUUCUCAGCCUCAACUCCUCUCGUCUGAGAGAGCUGGACCUGAGUAACAAUGAUCUGAAGGAUUCAGGAGUGAAGCUGCUCUCUGCUGGACUGGGGAGUCCACACUGUACACUGGAAACUCUCAGCUUGUCUGGCUGCCUGGUCACACAGGAAGGCUGUGCUUCUCUGGCCUCCGCUCUGAUCUCCAACCCCUCCCAUCUGAGAGAGCUGGACCUGAGCUACAAUCACCCAGGAGACUCUGGAGCUGCGCUGCUCUCUGCUGGACUGGAGGAUCCACGCUGGAGACUGGACAGUCUCAGUGUGGAGCACGGUGGAGUGUGCAGGCUGAAACCAGCUGUACAGAAGUAUGCCUGUGAACUCACCCUGGACCCAAACACAGCCUUCAGAGGACUCUCUCUGUCUGAGGACAACAGAAAGGCGACGCUGGUUGAAGAGAACCAGUCGUAUCCGGAUCACCCAGAGAGAUUUGACUCCCGCUCCCAUGUGUUGUGUAGAGAGGCUCUGACUGGCCGCUGUUACUGGGAGGUAGAUUGGGAAGGACAUGUUGAUAUAGGAGUGACAUACAGAGGAAUCGGAAGGAGAGGAGAAGGUAAUGACUGCUCGCUUGGAAUGAACAACAAGUCCUGGAUUCUUGUUUGUAAUGGUGCUAGUUACGCUGCCUAUCACAACGGUGUUUACACAGUCGUACGUUCCAACUCCCCGGUCUCUAGCAGAGUAGGAGUGUAUCUGGACCAGAACUCUGGCACUCUGUCUUUCUACGGAGUGUCCCCAGGUGUAGGAGGGUCCUCAGACACACUGACGCUUCUCCACACUUACCAGGCCACCUUCACCCAGGAGGACCUCCUCCCUGGGUUUAGGUUAGAUAAGCCCGGUUACUCAGUGUCUCUGUGUCCAUUAUAGCCAAACACACCAGACACACAGGAACAUAGAAACACACACACAAACACACAUGUGGACACAAACAUAAAACACAAACACACACACACACAUUCAUCAUUCAUGAAUCUAUGCACACACGCACACACGUAUACAGAAAUGAACACACACAGAUACAUAUGUACAUAGAAAUAAACACACAAACACCCGCCUACACACAUCGUUUAUGAAUCUAUAUAAACACACACACAUGUACACAAACAUAAACGCACCCACAUAUCGCCCAAUAAGGCGUUUAUUCAUUGAACUACGGAAAACCUUGUGGGUCUGUGCCCAACGUGAGGAAACCGAAAAUUAUACUAAGGACUCCGUGAGCCACGGUAAAGUCAAGGUGAGUGUUUCUCCGGCCGGUGUUGUGCCGAACCUCGACCCCCCCGCAUAUUACAACCCCCCUUCGUGUGAACGCGCAUUCGCUUAUUGUCAACGCCCCAUAUUUUCAUUUUGUUCGAGGCGCUCUUCCUUUUGUAGUCACUAAUUUUGACAAAAUUAGUGUUUAUAUUAUAUCAGAACAUCACAAGUUGAGCAACUUAUCACAGAAAGCGAUGGCAUAUUUUAGGUUAUAAGUUUUAAGGAGAAAACAUCGCAAUGGAACCUCCGACGACCCAUGUACGCUAUAACAUUCACGAUAAUGAACUACGAGAGCACUUAAAUACGUAAUAGUUUAUAAGUAAUACAUGCAUAUGCCUAAUGUUAUUUACUCAUAUUCAUUUUGACCACGUCUUGGUAGCUUUAGAAAGCACAACUGUGACUGAUCCAAAACUAAGGAAAUCCUUUCCUACAGACUCAUUGAGCACAGCCUCGCCAUCGGCCUGUGAAGGGUAUUGGAUAUAUUCAAUAUAUAUUGAAUAUAUCCAAUAUAUAUUUUGGAUGUAUUGAAUAUAUGUACCGUAUUUUCCGGACUAUAAGUCGCGUUUUUUUUGUAGUUUGGCUUGCCCUGCGACUUAUAUUUCGAAGCGACUUAUAUACCAAAAUUGUGCGUACAUAAUCUUCGGCCGCAAGAUGGCACCGUCAUUCAUUAGGCCUACAACUGAACGCUGCAAGCCUACUGCACCACCGAAUAAAUUAUAAAUAAACUAGACCGUAGACAAAACAAAAGAGAACACAAAAUAAAAUGCCGCCAAAAAGAAAAAGCUAUAGGCCUACUGCACAAUUUAAACUGCAGAUUAUAAAGUAUGCAGCCGAAAACGGCAAUCGAGCAACAGAAAGAAAGUUUGGGGUGAGUGAAAAACUUGUCCGGGACUGGCGAAAAGCCGAAGAAACUCUAAUUGCGAUGAAAAAAACAAAGAAAGCUAACCGGGGGCUGAAAGCCCGAUGGCCAGAGCUGGAGGAACGAGUCCACAGAUGGGUCAUUGAACAGCGUGCUGCUGGCCGGGGCUUAUCAACGGUGCAGUUGCGUCUCCAUGCCUUCAUGUCUUCAUUAACUUUUUGGCUUGUUAUGUUUAUAUAUAGCCUAUAUUGCUAUUGCAAUUUUAUUCAGUCUCUCCAGACUAAACGUUCUUGUUUAAAUGUUUAAAAAUAAAUGCGACUUAUACACCGAUGCGACGUAUGUAUGUUUUUUUUCCUCGUCAUGGAGUAUUUUUUGACUGAUGCGACUAAUACUCGGGAGCGACGUAUAGUCCGGAAAAUACGGUACUGGAUAUAUUCAAUAUCCAGCCAAUUUAGCCUGCCAUAUUCAUCACCCCCCUCCUAUUUCUUGUUUGCAAAGUCUGAGAAACGUAUUGACCGUUGAGUGUUGAGUGUUACUCUGAGUGUUGCUCUGGAAGAAUUGAGUUGAUACAUCAAAUUAAACACAAAGGCAAACAAAAGGUUAAUUGGCUAUUACACUAUACUAAACUAUAUUAUAGGUUACUUAACUAUUCUAUAAUGUUAAUUUGUUUUAGAAUGUUCUAAACUACAUGUCUUUGUCGUAUAGUAAUUUUCUAUAAUUUCACAGACAAUGAACUGUAUUAUGUGUGUCGCAAGGCGACCUCUACUGCCUGUCAAACCAAAGUUGUCCGUGGAAAAGAGGAGGCAAAUGCAAUUUACGCAGAGUUCCACAGCAGCAGCAUCGGAGCGCACCGUGGGCAGCGAAAGACCAGAGAUCUGAUUAUACUAAAUGAUUGUUUUUCAACACUAGUCCAAAUUCAAGCCUUUUCAAUUGAGGAUCAUAUACAUUUGUGUAUUUUAACAUUUGAAAUACUGCUGUUUUAAUAAAGGUGUCACAGUGUGUUCCAA